GAUUGGUAGCCUAUAGAGCUUGUAAAACUUAGUUCGAAAUUGUUUGACUUCGUGAUGGAACCUGCUGUUAAACGGAAAUAUCGACAAGAGGAGAAGGAAGAAUCAUCUGAUGAAGAUGAUUAUGUUCCGUAUGUUCCGUUAAAAGAUCGUAAAAAUCUCAACAUUUUAAAAAUGCAAGACUUGCUCAAACGUAAACUUGGAAACAAAUCUGAUUCAGAUAGAAGUCGGAAUAGCAGUCCCGACCGUGGCGCAGUAGCUUCAACAGAUAUUUCUUCCUGUGCCCGUGCGGCAACCCCACCAGUUUCUGGCAUGCAACCAAGUGUUAGUUUGCUUGACCAGCAUAGUAAUUUAAAAAAACAAGCUGAAGUUGUCAAAGAGACGGCAAAAGAUUUACAGUUAAUUGAAGAGCGAAAAAUACUGGAGUCUGUUACAGAAGCAAGAGCUUUGCAAUCUGUCCAAGAUUUAGCUCAAGGUAUUACUUAUAACACACCUUUAGUUACAGGCUGGUCCCCACCACACUUUAUACGGGAACGAACACAACAAAUUCAUGACAAAAUUCGUUUUCACCUUAGGAUAGACGUUGAAGGACAAAAUGUUCCACCACCGAUUCGAUCUUUCAGGGAUAUGAAAUUUCCAAAGCCAAUAAUAAUUGGGUUAAAAAAGAAGCAUAUUCGUAAACCUACGCCUAUACAAACUCAAGGCAUUCCAGUCGUUUUAUCUGGUCGGGAUAUGAUAGGAAUUGCUUUUACAGGAAGUGGUAAAACUUUGGUUUUUACUCUUCCACUACUCAUGUUCUGCAUUGAACAAGAAAAGAAAUUGCCUUUUUUGCAAAACGAGGGUCCAUAUGGUUUGAUUGUAUGCCCUUCCAGGGAACUUGCAAGACAGACACAUCAAGUCAUGUCUUACUAUGCAAAGCAUCUUGAAGGUGGUGGAUUACCAUCAUUGCGAAUAGCGCUUUGUAUUGGAGGUAUACCAGCCAAAGAAACAGUGAAUAUUAUUCGAAAAGGUUGUCAUGCAGUCAUUGCUACACCUGGAAGACUUAUGGAUAUGUUGAACAAAAAAAUGAUGAAUUUAGGAGUGUGUCGUUUUCUUUGCCUUGAUGAAGCAGAUAGAAUGAUUGAUAUGGGAUUUGAAGAAGAUGUAAGAACUAUUUUUUCCUAUUUUAAAGGGCAAAGGCAGACUUUACUGUUUAGUGCAACUAUGCCAAAAAAAAUUCAGAAUUUUGCCCGUUCUGCUUUAGUGUGUCCUGUCACAGUAAAUGUCGGUAGAGCUGGUGCAGCUAGUCUUGAUAUUAUACAAGAAGUAGAAUAUGUGAAGGACGAAGCAAAGGUUGUACAUCUUCUCAAUUGCUUACAGAAAACCUCACCUCCUGUUCUUGUGUUUGCUCAGAAAAAGAAAGAUGUUGAUGACAUUCAUGAAUAUUUACUCCUAAAAGGAGUUGAAGCAGUAGCCAUACAUGGUGGCAAGGACCAAGAGGAAAGAAGUCGUGCUGUGGAUUUGUUUCGUACACGUGAGAAAGAUGUGCUGGUGGCAACUGACAUUGCUUCAAAAGGCUUAGAUUUUGAAGGUAUAAAGCAUGUCCUCAAUUAUGACAUGCCCGAUGACAUUGAAAAUUACGUUCAUAGAAUUGGGCGAACAGGUCGUUCUGGUUGCACAGGCAUUGCCACCACUUUCAUCAAUAAGUCUUGUGAUAGUUCAACCUUGCUUGACUUGCGUGCUUUGCUUAUAGAAGCUAAGCAGAAAAUACCAGAGAUAUUAGAACAGCUGGGUCCAGCUGAAGAAAACUUUAUGGAACUUGGUGGAGAACGUGGUUGUACAUACUGCGGUGGUUUGGCUCACAGAAUCACUGAGUGUCCUAAGCUAGAUGCAGCGAGAUCGAAACAGAUAAGUAACAUUGGAAGACAGGAUUAUCUCGCAAACAAUGCUGCUGAUUAUUAAAGUUGUUAAAAUACAACAAUUUGCUUACUAAACACAACAAUCAUGUGAAUUAUUUAAGUUAUCACUUAUAAAACACCAGCUUUAAUGUAUUAUCCUAACCUAACCGAUAAAACUUAAUUUAAUAUUUGUAAACUGUAUUUUACAUUGUUUUUUUUUUUUAAAUACUGUUUGGUUUUUA